UUUUAUUGAGUCUGUGGCAUUUAGCAUGCAAGUUACUUUCAGUAAAUAUUUAGAAAAUAACUAAAGAUUAUUGUCAAGAAAUUGUCAUAUAAAUUCCUUCGAGAUGGUUGAGAUUAAAAUACCAACGGUAGAAACUUUCCUGAAUUAUUUUCCUUUGGAGAUUGGUGGUUACGCAAUUGGAGCUCUAAAUCUUCUCGCAAAUAUCUUUGCUUCUAUUUUACAAUUAAGAAAGACAAUUGAGAUGAAUUUGAAAGAAUUUCAUGGAUCUACUGAGAGUCCUUGCAAAACGUCAUAUUAUGGAUUCAAUGAACUGAUGUCAUCAAACACCGUCUUGUCAGCUUUUAUUUCAUUUUAUUUGAUAUCUGGUGUUCUUACUCGCAACACAGCGAAAAUUCUUCCGUUUAUGAUUUAUGUUACAACAUACGCUCUCACUUCGGUCAUUCACAUGAUGUCUGUACACGAAGGACAUGUUGCUUUUGGUUUCCUUCUUGCGACUUUUCAUGGUUACAGUUUUAUCGUCAUUUAUUCUCUAUUUAUGAAAUUCUUAGUAGUUGAAGAUGGAGAAACGACUGAAAAGUUUGAAGAUGAUAUAGAAUAUGGUGAAGACGAUGAUGUUGUUCACAUAACAAGCCCACAAACAAAUUCUUAG